CACUGCUGCCCCAUGCAAAGCAAUUUAAUAACAGUAAAGCACAACAUUAACAUUCGAUUGUUUUAUUUUGAAAGACCCGAAUCGCUACAAGGUGAACCAUAAGAUAUAAUAACCUCAAAAACUUUUCCGACUGAAGCCGUGUUGUCUAGAGUCAAAAGAUAUCCGACGCGAUCAACGGAUCGGAUUGGGGUUUUACAUACAACAUAAGGUACCUACGAAUUGACGACGCGGUUCCGCAGCGAGGACCCGGAAUUCCACCGGCACCGCAGGUUGAGUUUUACGAAUUGAGGAUUGGAUUCACGGCAACAUCUCGAACCUGAAGCAUACGAAACCGAACCCUGAACCCAACCCAUCGGUACCGGUACCUUUUUUAUAACCUACCUAGGUACAGUACUUUGCUCCGCACGGUACCUGUUAUAACCAACCUACUUGGCUUUUACAAUCAACCUACGUGGCGAGCCAACCUACUCCGCUUCGCUCUAUAGGGAUGAAGUUCGUCCUCACCGGCACAUCAGGCCACCUCGGCUCCCGCGUGCUCGACUCAAUCCUCCGACUGAACCUCAUCCCGCCUUCCGACUUAAUCAUCUCAUCUAGCCAUCCGGACGCUGUACCCGCUGCGGCACGCGAGGCAGGCAUCGAAAUCCGCAAGGGGGACUUCACUUCGCCAGAGUCGCUUGCCUCGUCGUUCCGGGGCGCGGAUGUCUUGUUCCUGGUUUCUUUCCCUUCACCUAGCGUGGAGAGAUGGCUGCAUCAUAAAGCCGCCAUCGACGCCGCUGUAGCUGCUGGUGUCAAGACUGUGGUUUAUACGAGUCUGAUGUUCGGCGGCAAAACUGGGAUGGAAAGUACGGCGGGAGUGCAGAUGGCGCAUAUCAAGACGGUGGAGUAUUUGCGGGAAAAGCAGAAAGAGCUGAAAGAGGAGAAAUUGCAGUAUGUGAUUGUCAGAGAGGGGAUUUAUGCUGAAAGUUGGUGGUUGUAUGCUGGGUAUCAGCCGAGGAAGUUUAAAAAAGCAGAAUCCGGUGACCCAAUUCGUUUCGUUAUUCCCAACGACGGUCCCGUCGCUUGGGUGUCGUGGGACGACCUCGGCGAAGCAACGGCCAGAAUUUUGGCCAACUACAACAAAUAUAUCGGACAAACCCUCAACUUGACGGGACCCCGGACGACGACGUUGUCGGAGAUCGCGAAGCUCGUGGAGAAAUAUACGGGCAGACAGGUCAAGGUCGAGAUUGUUGGGAGAGAAAAGGCCGAACACUACCACAAGUUUGAGAAGAAGAGUUUGCCUGAAGAUCAGUUCUGGGCCAUUGAGAGCUGGGCGGGGUGGCAUGAUGCCAUUGCCAGGGGAGAGGCGGCCACGAUUGAUCCGUUGAUUUCAGAGAUCUUGGGAAGACAGCAGAGAGGGAUUGAGGAGCUGGGUGAGGCGUUGUUUGUGGAGUGAUGGAUGGUGAAGAACCAUCAACGGUGGAUAUAUGUGGAAGAAGGAGCGAGGUUAGUAUUUGUGCAAGGCUCAGGGCUCGCACCGUCCUGGCUUUGACGCCAUAAUUCUGUAAUGCUUCAAGCCGAUGGGGUCUUUGAAAUUGUGUUUAGGACCCUGACUGGUGAGGCGUCAAUGUAGGAGUUGCCUACUAGUAGGAAAUACAUUAUUGGAAAGAAAGGCAGGACCUGGCGCUGCUUCCAACGCGGUCUUACACCAACAUGGAUCAGAACUUGAAGGAUGCGAGGAAGAAGAAACAACGCGAUCGUCAAGAGAUAUGAUCGAGAAUAUCAUUUGGCAAGGCUGUGAUGAUAUGUGACUUCUCAGAUCCCGAAUGAUCAGACGCGGAGUACUAGUCGAGCGCGCCCUCGUAGAGAUCUAGAACGCAGGUCAGACGCUCACAUCGCGUCCUAGACAUAAAAUAGCACUGCU